AUGUCUGCUUCCCAAUGCCUUUUGUCUUUGCCCUUUGGCCUCUCUCUAUCUAGUACUGUUGCCAAGCUGCCGGCCUCCUAAAGCAUAUAUCCUCCUGCUUUGGGCCAUACGCCAAGCACACAGCUGAGGAAUCCACAUACAGCACAUGGACACCCGGAGAUCAAGCCGCGGCACCGGACCUCCUCCUAGGAAUGGCCGCAGGGAUAACAAGGACGAGGACCUCCUCCUCUUCCGGGAAUUGCACCGUCGCGAGAAGGACCGCGCCGUGAACCUCCUCCUGCCCGUUUCCGAUGAGUUCGAGCCCAAUGGGAUUCCAGGCAACUAUCCUCUUCCUAUGUACAAAACCGCGUCGGGUAGAAAUGACUUCCUCGUCGAGAAUGACAAGAAUGAUUACAACUGGUUGAAGACACCUCCAGCGACUCCUCUAUUCCCAUCAUUAGAGAUGGAAGCAAACGCAGGGGACUACCCGAUGCAGCGGGAAAUACCAAUUUUGCAGCCUCUUACGCGGUUUGCAGGAAUUGUGGGUGGGAGAGAAGCAACCAACGGAACCCAAAAGUCUCCACGAAACAAGCCGAAGACUCCUCCAGCAUCUGCAUCAGUAACCCAAAAGAACAGUGUCUCUUCAGCUGAUCACACCAAUAGGUCCCCGGCUUUAUUUAUUCUGAAUCAGAAGAUGACUCAAGAGCUGGUACUUGCCAAAAAGACGGAGGCAGCUCCCAAUGCUUCAAAGCCUGCCAGUGCAAGCCACAGAUACGGUCGUUUCAGCAGCAUUACCAAGUCCACAGGAGCAGACUCCAGUGCAAUUAGGCCAAGCAGUAUUAACAAUAAGAGAGGCGUGUCGCCUCUAACAAGGUCAACGAUACCCGCCCAGUUUCUAGGUUUCUCCAAUGAAACUCCCUCUAAUCUUAGGAAAGAUCGUCCGACAUCUACUUCACGUGGUCGGCCAAGCAAUAAUUCUAAAUCAUCAGUAACUGAACAACCACCAGAACCCUCUGCAACACAAAGGAGACAAUCACGCUCACCAAGUGUGACCAGGGGCCGGAAACUGGAACCAAAAUCCGGAAAUGUGACAGGGAAUACGGCACCAUCCUCGCAGUCUCGCCUGAGGGGCACCAGUCAAACACGAAAUGGUUCACAAGUAUUACUAGGGAGUAGUAUGGUGGAGAAAGUAUUGAAUGCUCGAAAAGCAGGCAAGCCUGCGGGAAGAAAUACUGGUUUCCCAUGAACCGAGUAAAUUUUCAUGCUCUGCACCAACAAGGUUUGGUACUUGAGGUUCAAUAGAAGUUACACAAAGCCUCAAACCAUCAGAAACAAAGACCGGGUUUUGGACUGUAUCCUGCUAUCAAUGUCGCACACUCAAUUCACCAAUGAUAAUAACUCGGUUCAAUUUGUCGU